AUGCUUGACGGAUGGGAAAAGCGCGUUAAGCGAAAGAGAGUCUACCCAACUGGGCAGAAGGAGAAAGACCUAAUCGACAAGGUCUUCGACGGCCUAAAGGCUGAUAGGAAGCUUGAUUGGGCCACGAGGCACACACCGACACGAUAUCCAGUCUUUGUUGCCUAUCGAGAUGUCAUAAAAAACGGGCAAACCGUCAGAGUCGGCCGACCGGUGGUGGACCUCCGUGAUGCAAAUGCAGAAGCUGUCAAGGAUAUGUACCCAGUGCCCACGCAGGAUGACAUUUUACAGCUUUGCCAUGGGAAGCGAUUUAUCACAGUCAUGGAUGCCGCUGCAUGGUUCUACCAGUGGAGAGUCCAUCCAGACGACAUUGGCAAGUUAGGAGUCAUCACACACAGAGGUCACAAGGUCCUAAAAGUAGCAAUGAUGGGACAUUGCAACUCUAUCGCAUACGUCCAACGACAGCUAGACGGGAUCCUCCGAGGACUACGAAAGUUCUGCAGGGCGUACAUUGACGACAUCGUCAUUGCUUCAAACAGCUUGGAGGAACACAUCGAGCACCUGCAUAUACUACUGAGUGUACUACAAGAGUACAACAUCCGCAUCGAGCCUAAAAAGACAUUUGUUGCUUUCCCCACAGUCACCCUCCUCGGACAACGUGUGGACUCUCUCGGGAUGACGACAAUGGAGGAAAAGCUGCAUGCAGUCCUCAGCUUGGACUUUCCAAGAAAUCUCAAACAACUCGAAACAUACCUUGGGCUAGUCGGCUACUUUCGCACGAAAAUAUGGAGGCAUGCGCAGCUGGCAAAAGCUAUGCAUGACCGGAAAACUGCAUUGUUGAAACUCGGUCCAAGAAAAGGGAAUCAAAGGAAGAGAUUCGCACAGCACACAAACCUGGAAAAUCCCACAGACGUCGAAAGACGCAGCUUUGAGGAAUUGCAAACAGCUAUGCGUCGCGCUUUGACGCAUAUGACUGUGUUCUUCGAUCACUCCCGGCAGCUUUAUGCAGAAAUCGAUAGCUCAAAGGAUCACGGGCAUAGCGCUAUGAUCUUCCACGUUAAGGCGGGCUGGAAACAUGACGAUCACAAGAAACCACCUCCAGCAACGGUAGUGGAACCAAUCAUGUUUUUGAGCCGACUACUGUCCGCAGCAGAGCAAAAAUAUUGGCCAACCGAGCUAGAGGUAGCAUGCUUGGUCUGGAUGCUACAGAAGAUAAGACAUCUUCUUUUAGCAGUCCCAACGGACAAACCAGCCAUCGUAUACACAGACCACGCCGCCACAGUCAACAUUGCAGUCAACACAAACCUACGUUCAGCAGCCACAGAGAACCAAAAUUUACGACUCGUAAGGGCGGCGCAGUUCAUUCAAACUUUCAGUUUGAAGGUUUUUCAUCGCUCAGGCGCCACCAAUAAGGUCGCAGACGCUCUCUCGCGUCUCCGGAGUUCAAACCCUACAAAGCCCACUAAGGAAAAUAACCUAGACACGUUCACCUAG